AUGUAUUUCCUUCGCCAAGUUGAGACCGGCCUCCAAGCCGUCCAACACGUCCAAGCCGAGCAAAAGCUGCUCGCCGCUGAAGCCGGUCAACUACCUCCAGAAGUUCGGACAGAGCGCGAAAAGCAGCUGAACGCGCUUCUCGAGCUCCUAUUCGCGCCGCACGCCGAAGCAAUCCGAUCGGUCGCUCAUGAGCACCAACUCGAAACUGUUCAGAAAAUUCUGAUAAUGCAGCGCGCCCAAGCACGCCAAGCGGUUCAAUGUGAGCGACAGGCGCUGGAGUCGCAAGCUAAGCAAACUGAGCGCCAGGCUCAAGCAGCUCAAGUCGCCUCUAAAGCGCAGGCUGAGAAACGGGCUCUAGCCGUUCGGGCAGCUGGAGCUGCUCAAGCGGUGCAACGGGCUGAAGCGCUCCAUGCCGAGCACGAGCUGCGGAUGCGAGCCGUACAAGCCCUUCGAGUAGAGCACGAGGCUUCAGCGAUGCGCGCGAGGCAGGAACAGGAACUUCGUGAUGAGCAGUGGGCUCGGGAAGUUCAAGCAGCUCAGGCACUGCAACUUGAGCAAGCUCUAUUGAUUCAAGAAAAUUUGUGUUCCGAAGCGGUUCAAGCGGUUGAGGCUAAGUCGAGAAAACUAUCUCAAGUCGUUCAAGCUGGGCCUGGAAAACAAGCUCCAGCUGUUCAAGCGGAGUCUGCCUCCGUCGAAGACCAACUUAAGGCCCUCCAAGCCGUCGAAGCCAUGCUCCAACGACAGCGUCAAGCCCUUCACGACCAUGAAAAAGUUGCCCAAACAGUUCAAGCAAUUCGACCACAAACCGAACAAGCCAAUUGGUAUGAAGCCGACCAAGCCAUCCGAAGCGCCACCGACGCAGUAAUGGCCUCGAAGCUCCAAAUCCUGAGCCUGACGGUGACCAAGAGCAAAGUCCGCGCGCAAAUCAUGAAAACGGCGAUAGAAAACCAAGUCAAUGCGUUCAAGCAGCUUCAAACCGGGCUUGACGGGGAUAUCGGGGCUUCUGGAGCUGCUCAAGCCGAUAGCGCUAAAGAUUCUGAAGCCAAGCCUGAAGCUAACCGAAGCCAAGCCGAGGAGGCCGAGAGGAUCGCCUGGCGCUCGCAGAUGCCGACAUCUACUAGACGAUUGCUCAUCCACCUGGCUGUCAAGGCUCUACUCGAAGUGAAGCCGGAGUUCCGCCGCACUCCUGCCCACAUCAAAGCCCUAGCCGAUCGGGCUUGCCUGGCCGAAAAAGCGGCUUUCGCUACGGCGACCAACCGGGAGGAGUACUACUGUAGCCUGACCGACGCUGUUAGCUGGGAGUUCGAGCAUGGAACGGCA